AAAAUGUAUAAAACCGCUGUAUUAAAUAUUUUUCUUAUAUUGUGAAUAUCUGUGUCAGUAUAAUUAUUGACUUCCGAUUGUGAAUAAUAUACAAGCUUUACCACGUGUCGUCAAGUAACACGUCGCAAUAAUGAAUCUUUCAAAUGCAAAAAAAACAAUAAAUGAAGAAAUCGAAAUUUCAUUAUUAAUAAAUGUCGUUAACAAUGACGGUCAUAACCUGCCUAUUUGUGUGCAACAUAUAUUAAAUGGAAAUUAUAAAGAUGUCAUAAAUAAUAAGUUAUCUUCAAAUCUAAUUCAAGAGUUGAAUAAUAGCAAUAAUGUUUCCGAAUUAAUACAUGACGAUAUAGAAAAAACAGACUCGCAUGAUUCUUGGCUAUGCACAGGCAUAGCUUCUUUACUAUAUUUUAUUCAACAGAAUUGGACAGGUCCACAAAUUGAAAAAGAUAUUGAAUGGCAAAAAAUUAAUGAAGAGAAUAUACUUAGAAAUUUAUCGUUACACGAUGAAUGUAAUGCAAAUGUUAAAAUGUCAGAUCUUCUUUACUUUUCUAAGAUGAUAUUCUCAAAUGAAAUUCUACAAAAUGCUUAUAAAAGUUGUAUAUGGUGGUUAUUUAGAGCAAAUCUUUUACAUCAACUUAUACUAAAUGAAAGUUCCGGUACAAUAUUUGAUGAGACUGAACAGUUGAUUCAGAAAAUCGAUGAUUUGCAAAUGUUGAAAGAAAAUUUGUGUUGCGAAACAUUAUUUUAUAUUGAAGCUGCACAAUUUUAUUUUUAUUAUAGGAGAAUUCAAAAUUCAGAAAAAUAUGUUAAACUUGCUCAGGAAGGAGCGAAAUUAAGCUUAAAUCUUGAAGGUGCAUUAGGUAAACGUACAAAAUAUCAAGAAGACAAGGCACAACUAUUUUUAGGAAUAACUUUAGAAAAGGAACAGUUUCCUUCUAGAUAUUGUGAAAAUUUACCAAAAUCUUUGGAUUUGAAUGAUGAUAUUAGAUUAGAACAUAUUCAAUUUUCAACAAAUAUAGAAAAUACACAAUUAGGAGCAGUAGAAGAAGCUAUUGUAUUAGCAAAAUACAUUCAAUUACAGUUAUCGCAACCAAAGGAUAAAUUAACAGAUGAAGAAGUAACACCUUAUUUAACUGUUGUGGUAAAUAAUACAAGAAAUUGGUCCUUAAAAAUGGCAUCUCUAUAUCAUCGAUGUUCUUUAGAAUCUGAGGAUAAACGAACUGUUGAACGAUCAAUGAUACAAAUGGAAUAUUUAAUACAUGAACUAAACAAGUCAAAAAUCUGUGUUGCAAACAGAAUGGACCUAUUCUUUGCCAGUGGUCUUAAGCCAGUUUGGGCUUUAGAACAAAUGUGGGCACAAUUGAUGCUAAGUGUUGGAUUAGUAAAGGGUGCUUUGGAUAUUUUUUUGAAGAGCAAACUAUGGGAAGAAGCUAUUGCUUGUUACAACAUAUUACAGCUAAGACAUAAAGCAGCAGAAAUUAUUCAGCAAGAAAUAUCUAAAAAACCAUCAGUUCAAUUAUGGUGCUUAUUAGGUGAUGCAACUCAAGAACCUAGUUGUUAUGAAACAGCAUGGGAACUAUCUAAUAAAAAAAGUAGUCGAGCUCAAAGACAUUGGGGAUUCUUUUAUUUUUCCAAAAAAAAUUAUGAGGAAGCUAUACCACAUUUAAAAUUAUCAGUUGAAUUAAAUAACAUUCAAGAAAAUGUUUGGAUUAGACUUGGAUUUGCUGCUUUACAAGUGGAAGAUUGGAAAUUGGCAGCAACAGCAUAUAAACGUUAUUGUGCACUAGAGCAAACGACAUUUGAGGCUUGGAAUAAUUUAGCAAAAGCUUAUAUAAACCUAGGUGAUAAAGUAAAAGCUUGGAAAUCUCUUCAAGAUGCUUUAAAGUGCAACUAUGAUCAGUGGCAAGUUUGGGAUAAUUUAAUGGUUGUUAGCAUUGACUUAGGACAUUUUUCAGAAGUAAUUCGAUGUUAUCAUCGCAUUUUAGACUUGAAAAAUCACCAUUUAGAUGUUCAAAUUCUUGAUAUACUUACUGAUGCUGUAUUAAACAAUGUAAAUGAUUCAGAUGGAAAGUCUGCACAAAAAUUACUUCCAAAAGUUUUAGAAUUAUUUGGAAGAAUUACUUCAUUUAUACCUAAUAAUUCUGAUGUUUGGAGAAUGUAUGGACAACUUACUUUCCUUAAAAAAACUGAUAUUGAUAAUGACAAAGCACUACACUAUUUACACCAAGCACAUCGUAUUGCUGUAUCAGAUCCCAAAUGGCUUUUACAAGAAGAAUCAGUUCAGAAAGUAUUACAAUUGUGUUGUAUGUUAGCAGAAAUGUAUUUGCAAUAUGUUUCCAAUUGUGAACCUAAGAAAAAAAGAACACUGUUAGCAAGUGCAAAAUUAUCUCUUCAGGGAAUUGUGAAAAAAGUUAAAGAUAAAGAGUGGAAUAUUGAAAAGAUUUGUACAUCUGUAGAAAAAGUUGAAAAAUAUUUAAAUAUUGUAAUAAUUGAAUUAGAAAAAAUAAAAUUGAUAAAUUGAAGAAUA